AUGGUCAGAACGAACCGAGCCAAGGCCAAGCUAUUGGCCGGCGAAAUCGCGGUCGGAGGCAGCGUGAAUUUUUACGCUCCGAUCGUGGUUGAAAUGUACGGCGUGCUGGGUUUCGAUUGGGUCUGGAUUGACUGCGAGCACGGGUCGUCGAACGACUCGGAGUCGGAAAACAUGAUCCGCGCGGCCGAACUGCACGACAUCACUCCCGUGGUGAGGGUUCCCAACGCCGAACCCUCCACGCUAUUACGGUUUUUGGACCGCGGCGCACAGGGACUGAUCGUUCCGCAUGUCGACAACCGGGGGCAAGCCGAGGCCGUGGCGAGGGCCACCCACUACCAUCCGAUGGGCGACCGGAGCAGUUCCACGGGCGGGCGCACCAACAGGCUGGGCAGCGGGCUGCCGCCGGCGGAAUAUUACGACGCUGCGAACCGCGAAACCCUGGUGAUCUGCAUGGUGGAGACCCCGGAGGCGGUGGCGAACGUCCGCGACAUCGCCAGCGUGGAUGGCGUCGAUGCCAUCCUGGUGGGCAGCAGCGACCUGACGCAAGCAAUGGGUAUGCCGCCGCAGCCGACGUGGAUGCGGCCAUCGCCCGCGUGA